AAGGAAUCUUGAACUUGAUUUUAAUUUUACUGAUAACACUUCAAAAACAUCAGCUCCCGACAGUACCCAACAACAUAAAUGCAUCGCUGCAUCCCUCUCAGCGAUAACCAGUGUACCGUGAAACUAAGCGCAUAUAAACGCAACCAAUGCUCUAGUUAAACACAGUGUCCAUAUCGCCAACGAAGUGCAAACAACAAACAUGGUAAAGUAUCUCCUGGUCUUGACCCUGGUGGCCGCAGUCACCGCCAGAACGGCCACCACCACACAGAACAAACUCGAAGCCAGGAGUUCAGAUGACAACGUGUUAGGAGACCUUAAAUUAGCGUACGAAACAUACAAAGAUUGCAGCGGGUCUGACAUUUCGCACUGCCUCAAACGAAAAUUGGCGAAGACUUUGAGCAGGUUGACGAAAACUGAAGAGCUGAACAUCCUGAAUGGUGUGACGAUAACCAAGGAUAAGGAUGUGAAGAUUGUGGAGACGGAGGAAGCGAUCCCUAGAGGGAUGGAUGAAGGAUCGCUGAACAACCUCAUUUUGGACAAGGUCGUUAACUUUAUGAGGUCCCAUACAUUGCAGGUCAAAUUUCCCACCGAAGAUGGAUCAGACGCAUUAUCAGAGGACCAGGGUCGCAGCAGACGGAAGAAGCUCGCUCCUCUCCUAGCAAUCCCCUUGUUGAUCGGAGGCAUGAUGGUACCUCUAGCCUUCGGAGCCCUGGCACUAUUGGCUGGCAAGGCACUUAUAGUGUCCAAGUUGGCUCUGGUGUUGGCUGGUAUCAUUGGGUUGAAGAAACUCCUGUCUCCUAGCAGCAGUGGGCACGAAGCUCAUGAGGUUGUGGUGUCGGCGGGUCAUGGUGGUUCUGGGUGGAGCAGCGUUGCGCAAAGUGAGCACCUCGAGAGAAAUGCAGGGGGCAACCCAGGGUCGCUUGAGAAGGCACAAGACUUAGCGUACAACGCCUACGCCCAAUAGCCAGAAAACCCACCGAUUAAUUAACGUUAAUUAAUACGCGAAACUAAGGACCAAUCGGUUUGACAUAAACACAUAAAUAGACAACAUAUAAUUAAAUUAUUUACAAUUAAAGAGUACAUAGUUAUGCAACAUUUGAGAGAGGAUGAGUUUUACUCUAAAAUCUAAAUAAAUUAUUUAUUAAAUUAUUAAUAUUAAUUCACUCUAAAUAACCAUUUCACAUCUAAUAAAAAAUAUUUAUUGAAUUCCAUAAAUAAAGUCAGAAAAACAUCACUGUUGGAUGAACGUUUGAAAUUCGAAUUCCUAUAAUGUGUGUGUCAUAUUUUUAUCUAUUUUUUGUUUUUAUUUAUUUAUUGUUUUCGAUAAAACAUUAUUACUUCAAUAAUUAUCAGGUUGGAGGAUUAAUAUAGAGUGAAAUGUUAUUUAUUUUAUUCCAAGGGUCAGUAAACUAUAGUAGCUAUUUAUAAUGGGUUGAAUAAAAGGUCUUGGUUUAUUUUAGUUUUAGAAAAGCUGAAAAAUGAGUGAGAGAAAAUAAUUUUCUCUUAGCAUUUGUCGUUUUAUUAAAGGUACCUCGAAUACUCUAAAAAGACUUAAUAAAAAUAUAUUAUUUAUUAAUAGUCCUAUUUACAACGAAUUUAUUUAGUAAGAACCAAACAUAUUUAAGUAUAUUUAUAUAUUAUUUUAAUCUUAUAUAUCGUUAAAAGACUUUGGGGUGUGCUUUAAUUAAUUUAUUCGUCAGCAAAAUAGCGUUGAUAUUAUUUGUAUCUCUUUUUUUAUAU